AUGAAUUAUUUCUGUAUUUCAGCUUUAAAGAAAAUAUAAUAGACAACAAAAACUCAAACAUAUUAUCAGGCAGCGCCGAAUACAAGCUGGAGAAAUUGAAUAAACACAUAACCCGGCAACAGAACCAUCUAACCCACGGUGUGGAUCAACUUCUAGCCGCUAGCAAGUUAGUUCCUCCGCCGCGAGAAAUUGAAACACCAUCCGAGCGAUCAGAAGAAAGUCGUAACCAAAACGACAUGAUCGCCAACGCACCGAUGGCACCUGAAGCACACGCAGUUCACGGGAAAAACCAGUCGGCAAAUGAGAAUAAUUCAAAUAGUGCAUUUGAUAGCACCACAGAUUACACUAUGCCGAAUCUUGAAGCAUCUAUGAGAGAACAUUCAGGAAAAGAAAAAUUCAAUCCGAAAAAUUAUAUUUUGCAACAUUAUCUCAACAGUUUGAAAAACCACCAAGAGCUCAUCAGAAACAAGCAAGAGGUUAUGUCACCACCGAAAAGGAAUUUGAAGUCACCGCAGUGGCCCAUGAUCCGUUCCCCACCUCCCUUGACUCGGUGUCAUACAUUGGCGACGUCUCCACAAUGGCACAGCCGCACCUCAACUAGUCCCAAUCACUACAAACCGACCAAGGAACCUGUUUCAGAUAUUUUCAAUCAAAACAACAACAACGCCACAUUCGGAGCUGGAUUUCCAGCCAUGAACGCAAUGGCCGUCGCAUAUCCGGCACUUCUUCAUCAACAGCUGUACCAAAUGGCUCUCGCUUCUGUAGCGGUUCAAAAUGGCGGAAAAAUAUAUCAGACGCCACAAACGAUACCAGAAAAGACGACAGACGAUAUCAGUCGCGGAUUCAAGGCGGAUGUAGCUUCGUUGCCGCUCUCAGCAAAUGCGCAAAAGGAACCCCUAGACUUGACUACGCACAAGUCGCGCGAACGAAGUGAAAUCACAUUUGGACCUGACGUGACAAGAGCACAGACUGUCAAACCACGUUCUCCCUCAAAUCGUACAUCUCCUUACCGCCCGCUAGCGGAGCCAGUUCCAGAAAUGCCAUCAUUGUCCAGCACGGCAGCCAUGAUGUGCAAUGUUCAUCGGUUGGUUCAGUCUGGAAUUUUGCCACCUACAGCACUCGCUGUUCUUAUGGGAAAUUUAGCUACAUACGACUUUUCGUCAUCUGGAAUCAAAGCUCAUAAUGCUGCAUCCACGAUUGCGCAGAAUAACAUGCCAAUGGCCUUUGGUUCAGAAUUGUCCGACAACAGAAGUCGACAACAGCAUGCGGAACUGUUUUCAAGAACAAAUAUGAAUCCGAAUUUGAGCACUGCCAUGGCUGCACGCGCGGCAUCAACUUAUGCCAACCCAUUGACAAUGAGUCACUUCGGUUAUAAUGGAUCAUUUCCUCCUACUAUGGUGCCUCCAGCAAAUUAUUCCUCAAGCAUAUAUUCUGGGCGCGGAAGACCAAAGAAAAGGACAUCAGAUCAAUCUUCUCCGUGUGAUUAUGCAGGACUUUACGGACAAAUGGACUUGCUGCACGAAUCGGCCUUAAAAUAUAGAAGAUCUUCGGUACACGAAAAUAACUCACAUAGUGCAUUUCAGAAUGCUAGAACUGUAGAUUUGUCUAGAAUGUCUGACCGUCCAGCGACGACCGCAAUGUCGUACAAAUGCGACAUCUGUGACAAAUCUUUCCAAAAGCAAAGUUCUCUAACUCGACACAAAUAUGAGCACACAGGAAAACGCCCACACCAUUGCAAUGUUUGUGGAAAAUCUUUCAAGCACAAGCAUCACUUAAUUGAACACCAACGUUUGCACAGCGGUGAAAAACCAUACCAAUGUGAUAAAUGCGGCAAAAGGUUCUCUCAUUCCGGCUCAUACUCACAACACAUGAACCAUCGAUAUGCAUACUGUAAGCCAGAAGAUACGAUGAUGCAAGAAUUGAGACAACAACUUAAGAAAUCGCACAACGAAAAUAAUAGCAAUAAGAUCAAUGCUAUCAACAAAAACUCCAACUUUGAGAACAAAAUGCUGACUUCAACACCAAACAAAAGUUUGACCGAAACAGAUGACAACUCAUGGAAGAUUCAAUCCGAAACAAAGAAAGGCGAUGAGCAGAAAACAAUUGAUCUUGCUCGCCAGGCUCUUUACUUUGGGGGACCAAAUAGAUUCCAAAUGGCAGAAUACGAGAAACAAAAAUCUUCAUUGAUGCUAACGCCAAAGAGCCCUAAAUCUGGAAACGACAAAGACCAGUCGAUGAGCAUAUCAAAAUCAUCACUUUUGCCCAAUAAACAGCAAGAUAGUCAAGACGAAAUCACCGAUCCCGGAAGAUCCACGUCACGUGACUCAGCUGUUUACACUGGUACCACCGAAAGAGAAAGCGUUGGUUCAACUGAAGCCGUUUUUGGUCUCACCCCUAUAAAGAAAGAAUCGAGCCAAGAAAAAAGCGAUGAGGAUUUAGGAUUCCACGAAGCUUCCACAAAAACUCAAGACUUCAGAUCACCAUCCAGCAGCUCAUCUAUCGGAUCUGCUAUGUCUCCAAAAAGCAAUCCGUUUCAACCUAAUGCGUCGUCGAUGAGGAUAGUCACCGUUGCAUCCGAAUCUUAAUAUACUUUGGCUUUCAACGUCAUCUAUAGUAUUCCACUGGCAUCUUUCGAAAAAAUCAGCGAACUAUACAAUAACAUUUCGUUUAGUGUGAAAAUCCAGAUCUAAACAACCUCACCGAAAGUGUGUUGUCGGUCCUACGGCAGAUGCUGAGAUAUAUCUAUAAAUUAACUGUUGUUGUUCAGUUCUCCCAAUGCGGCGGUGCCUAUUCUUGCCACAAGAAAAGAUACUCUUUCUUUCGUGUACACAACGUACGAGAAUUUUCUUUAUUACUUUGCUUUUAUGUCAUCAUGUUAAAAAGUUAAUAUUUUCAGUCUACAAUCAUGUUUUUUAUAUAAUUUCUUUUUACUGCGCUUUAUUGCCAUUACUUUCUGCCUUGCCACAUACAUUGCCGUCGCGCCCCAUUAUUGCUGCUUUCUCCAUUGUCACUGCAACGCUUUUUAUCAACUUCAUCGCCUGACGCUUUGUGAUCAAUUUGUUUGGGUGUGAUUUCUUCAACGUAUUACUCAAUAGCAUGGUUUUUCGGAUUGUUCAAAUGUAAAUUUAAUAAAAACCAAUAAAAAUGUACAAAAUAGUUUAGAAUGAAUAUCAUAAAAC